AUCACCCUUUCUGAACUGCAUUAUGGUCAUUGGCUCCAAACUCCAAACCCCAAACUCGAACCACAGAGUUGACCAUUUGUGUCUUCCUCAAAAUGCCCAAGGCUAUUUCUGUCUUCGCAGUUGGAUCUCACUGAUUUUGACACAAAACUACUGAUAAUUUCUCUGCCCAGCUAAAAAUAUCUGCUUAGUCCUUCUCUCUCAGAAAGGUUUUGGAUAAAAUCGGGAAAGAUAACUUCCAGGAGGGAAAGCUAGGAAAGGUGCGCAAAGAUCUACAGGGAGCAAAACAGAAUAAGAAGGGUUCACGAUUCACGAGCUCAUCAUCAAUCACUCAUCGCUUUCUGCAACUCCAAAACUAUAUAUUCAAGUGUUGGAAAAUAAAAUCUUAAGUACCCUUUCAGGUUGGUGAAGCUUCACGGGCUCAAAACCAUCUUUUUGAUCCCUUUCUUCACCCACUUCCAGCCCUUGUUCGUCUCAUCUAAUCCAGUGGUCUAGGUUCCACCGCGUCAAACUUCGCUGGCUUUUCGUUAUUCGAUCUGAUUGAGGUUUUUGGGGUUCUUCCUUUCAUCUGUUGAGAUGAUAAUGUGAGAACCGAGCUUCUUAGAGAUUUCUACAUAAGGGGGGGUUUCCAGUGGAGGCACAAAUGGAUCGUUCGGCCAUCACAGUUGGGCCAGGAAUGGAUAUGCCGAUCAUGCAUGACAGCGAUCGAUAUGAACUCGUGCGCGAUAUUGGGUCUGGCAAUUUUGGGGUCGCAAGGCUUAUGAGGGACAAGCAGACGGAGGAACUCGUUGCUGUGAAGUAUAUUGAGAGAGGUGAUAAGAUAGAUGAAAAUGUACAAAGGGAAAUUAUAAAUCACCGGUCACUGAGGCAUCCUAACAUUGUCAGGUUUAGGGAGGUCAUAUUGACCCCAUCACAUUUAGCUAUUGUAAUGGAAUAUGCUUCUGGAGGGGAGCUAUUUGAACGAAUAUGCAAUGCAGGGCGGUUCAGUGAGGACGAGGCGCGGUUCUUCUUCCAACAGCUUAUAUCAGGGGUUAGCUAUUGUCAUGCAAUGCAAGUAUGCCAUCGUGACUUGAAGUUGGAGAACACAUUGCUAGAUGGAAGUCCAGCUCCACGUUUGAAGAUUUGUGAUUUUGGAUACUCAAAGUCGUCGGUGCUCCAUUCACAACCAAAAUCUACCGUUGGUACUCCUGCGUACAUUGCUCCUGAAGUGUUGCUGAAGAAGGAAUAUGAUGGCAAGAUUGCAGACGUGUGGUCUUGUGGGGUAACUUUAUAUGUCAUGUUGGUUGGUGCAUAUCCUUUUGAGGACCCUGAUGAACCAAAAAACUUCCGCAAGACAAUACAUAGGAUUUUGAAUGUCCAGUACUCAAUUCCUGACUAUGUUCAUAUAUCGCCUGAGUGUUGUCAUCUGAUAUCAAGGAUCUUUGUUGCUGACCCUUCACAGAGGAUAACCAUGCCUGAUAUUAGAAACCAUGAGUGGUUUCUAAAGAAUCUUCCAGCUGAUCUCAUGGACGAGGGGACAAUGAACAAUCAGUUUGAAGAGCCUGAUCAACCGAUGCAGAGCAUUGAAGAAAUCAUGCAGAUAAUUUCUGAGGCUACAAUUCCAGCAGCUGGCACUCAGUCUCUCAACCAGUAUCUUACAGGUAGCUUGGAUAUCGAUGAUGACAUGGACGAGGACCAGGAGACAGAUCCUGACCUUGAUAUCGAGAGCAGUGGAGAGAUAAUCUAUGCUAUGUAACUGUAUAGCUGCCAGGGGACAAAUCAGGCUUGUUUUCUUCGAUUAAGUUGAAUAUUAUAAGCUGGGUUGUUGAUAGGUUGCAGGAGAUGUGGAAAAAAGCUUUAAAUCUCAAGAGUGAAGGAUUCUGUGAUUGGAUUUUUCUUAUGCAUUGAGAGUCCAUCCUGCUUGUAUGUUAUUGUCUGAUCUUUCCUGCUCAUGUGGUGGUGCUUUUUAUUGAUAUGUGUUGUAUUAUACUAUUACAUUAUGAAUUGAUGUUCCUUGUCUUCC